AUGGCGGGCAGGGCGCUCGGCGUUCUCCUGGCCGUGGCCGUGGCCGUGGUGGCGCUCCUCGCGGCGGCGGACGACGACAAAACGCAGCCCUGGAAGUGCUUCAGGACAUGCGCCAGGGGUUGCCACCACCACCACGACAACGGCUCAUCUGCCACCGUGGAGGAGUACUUCCCCUCCGGGGACGCCAACGUCUCCGCCGUCUCCGCCGAGUGCAAGAACGGUUGCCAGGAGGACGCGUGCUUCAAGGACCUGCCGGCCAUCAGCGACACGCAGUGCGCCAUGGCCACCUGCCUCAGCCAUCCGCACCAUAGCAGAAAGAAAACGGCGUGCUUGAAGGACUGCUGCGAGAAGUGCUUCCGCAGUAGCCCACCUGCGCCUGGCCCACCUACGCCUGACCCACCUGCGCCUGGCCCGCCUGAGCCUGGCCCGCCUACGCCUGGUCCCGGACCGAAGCCGCCAUCUCCGCCAAAUUAA